AUGGUUAGCCGUGUGCAGAUCAUUGUCGCAUUGGGCUUAAUGGCCCUGAACAUAUCGGCCGCCCGCAGUGUCUCCACGUCCCGUUCGCCCGGUGCGCCGACGACCGGAAGUGGCACGUGGAUGACCACCACGGGUGACUUCAUGAUCACCGGAUCCGGAAGUCCCGUUUCCGUCACCGGAAGUGCUGGCGCCUCCGGCUCUUCCAGCAAACCCAUGUCGACCACCGGAGGUUAUGAAUUUACCACCGGAAGCGGUGAUGCCGUCUGGACUACCGACAAGCCCAUGUCGACCACUAAAGGUCAUGGAUCUACCACCGGAAACCCUGGAGCCUCCAGCACGACCACCGCGAAAGCAUCCACCACCAAAGGUCAUGGGGCCAUUGCAGCUGCCACGGGCGGUGUCACUACCGAUGGUCCCGUGUCGGUUACCGGUGGCGGGAUGACCACUGGAGGGCCGGGUAACACCCACACAUCCGGAGCGGGUAACACCCAUACCGGCGGCAGCGGCGCCCCGUCGUCCACCACCCACGCCAGCGGCUUAGCCUUUAAAGCCGCUUUUCAACCGUUGGAGCCCAUGGCAUCCCAUUUCUGA